AUUCAUCGGGAUGUUUCCAUCAUGGCGGCGUCCAUUUCAGGUUAUACUUUUAGUUCUGUGUGUUAUCACAGCGCCAACAGCAACUCAGAUCAUGAGGGCUUCCUAUUAGGAGAUGUAAGGCAAGAAGAGACUAUCAGCAUCAGUGACUCACAGAUCAGCACUGCAGAAUUGGUCCAGGUAGUAGAAAUUCAUAACCAUGAUCCUUGUGCAAAGUUAUUUAGCUUUUAUGACUACGCAGGAAAACUCAAUGAAGAAAAUCUCAACCGCAUUCUUAGAAAUAGGCGGAAAAACGUUAUUGGUUGGUACCGGUUCCGGAGGAACACGCAGCAGCAGAUGUCGUUCAGGGAACAGAUCAUCCACAAACAGCUGACUGAGCUGCUCGGUGUGCCCGACCUCGUCUUCCUUCUUUUCAGCUUCAUCUCCACCGCCAACAGCUCCACGCACGCUCUGGAGUAUGUGCUCUUUAGACCUCACCACAGUCGGUACAACCAGAGGAUCACCCUCACAAUCCCAAACCUUGGCAACACGAGCCAGCAGGAAUACAAAGUCUCCUCGGUGCCCAACACCUCAAUCAACUACACCCAGGUCAUCAAGGAGCACGGAGCCGAAUUCUUUGAUAAAGAUGGCAUCAUGAAGGAUAUCCGAACAAUAUACCAAGUUUACAGUGCACUACAAGAUAAAGUGCAGGCUGUGUGUGGGGAGGUAGAUCAAAGUGAGCGUUUGAAAGAGAAGAUUCAAGAGGAUGUGAACAAACUCAAACAACAAAUUGCUCUCAGGAAACGCGACACGGCAGAAGAGGAGAGAAGGCUCCUUGAGGCCCAAAAUACGGACUACCGUCCCACUCCAGAGGAGAACACGGAACCUUCUGAUGCGUCCCCUCUUUCCAGAAUAGCUUUCCAAACACCCUCUGCUCCUGAGCGGCCCAGUACCUCACCUAACCCACCGUCUUAUUCUGACCUCUUGGUCCAGCGGGACUCUCUGCUCUCCUCUUCCUCCCCAACUACCAGUGCUGCCCUACUGCCCCGGCCCCAAGCCGUGGGCUCUCCGGGACACCCUACGCCCGGCCCACCGGGGAUGGGCCUGGGCCUCGCCGCCAACUCCACUCCCGUCACGACUCCCAGCACCCCGUACCUCGGCAACGGUGACGGAUCAAGCUCCGACUCGUUAGAUAGACAGGCCGCAGGGCAGGAAGACGACGACGAAGAUGAUGAAGAUGGGGACAGUAGCGAAUAUGAGAACUUGGUGAGUGAAGCCGGUCAUCUGCCAAUGGUCUCCGCCAGCGGUUUAGCACAAGGCCGGCCAGCUGCCCUCGGUCCGGACGGGGACGCUCGUGGCUCACAGGCCACAUAGAAACACGCCGCAGGGGUGUGUAUGGGACAUGAAUAAGUGACGCGCCGUGAGAGGUGGGCAUCUUAAGCAAUCAAAGAUAGACAAAUAUAGACAAAAGUGCCAGUCCUGAAAGUGAAAGGCAUGCACAGUUGGUGUCUCGCUGUGAGUGUUUAUUGUCUUAGUCUGAUCUCCAUUUUUAGGGGGAACGUUGCGAGGCUUCGCAGGCUUAACGAGAGUGUCUCAUUGGAGGGUCAAGUCGUCUGUUUUCAUUUUUUUUCUUUUUGGAAUAGGGUCAGUGUGGGUAAUUCAGUGUGGAUGUUUCGGCUCCCCUAAAAGACAGGCCCUGCUCCACGCUUUCUUCUGUAUCUUUUCGUUUCACUUUUGCAUCACCAACUCUUGAGCACCCACUCUUGCGUCUUGCACUAUUGUUUUGCCUUCUUACAUCAUCGAAGAAAAGCAAAUGGAGAAUGUUCUGCAGCCUUCAAACUUUUUUUUAAAAGAAGUAAAUGGUCGUUAGCUAUUUUUUCUUCUUAAAGAGAUCUUUAUAUGUAACUAGAAUUACUUUAACAUGCACAUUUCUCUUAUUUGAUUUGAUUUCCCCCAUGCUCCACAUUCUUUAAUUAGUUAUACAAUUACCUAUUUAAAUAAUGAAGAAUAGAUUUGUAAGCAAGAUUUAUUCUGCCACUUGAAAAAUGGGUGCUUUAUAUAUACAUACGAUAUUUUGUCAGAUUAUUAGUUAAUCUAAUUUGAUUGACAAGAAUGUCAAUGUCUUGCUCCUCUCGGUUAGCACUGAAAUUGUAUGCGCUUUGCUGCACUUAACACAAUUUAAGAUGUCUUUAUUAUUGUGCUAUACCAACGCUGUUAUGUUGUGCCACUUGAGUAGUGCUCUUCGACCAUGAGCAAAAUUCAGCUCAGCUUUUGUCUGUUGUCCGGAGCUCACAUGGCAAACACAAUGUACUGUAGCUUUACUAACCAGAUGCUUAUGAUUCCCUUCUGCUGCUGCAACACAGAUAGCUACCACUAAAAAACAAACUGCAUCUGUCUAUUCUUCGUCAUAUAAAAAUCUGGCUGCUACUUCCUCUUCCCAGUGCUGGUUGUCUCUAAUACUACUGACGGUGAGCGUAUAUCCACCAAGCUCACUUCUCACUGACUUGUUCUCUAUUAAAGUCAUCAUGGAAGGCGGAUACCCCCUGUAGAGUGUGAAUUGUAACUUUGGAUGCGGAGAGCGAACGAUCACCUUCCGGUCUUGGCAUAGUCGACAGCGGACCUCAUUUAUUCUGACCUGGUUGGGUCAAUGUCACGUGUCUGGACCUGGAUAAUGUGACGAAGAGAAUGCUUCAACAUACAGUGCCUUCCACUCAGGUCAGUUUCUAUCUGCACACAGAACACAUCCACAGAUCCCUCUCGGGAGGUAAACUACAGUAAAACAAUCUGUGUUGCAUUUGCAAUAAUCGAUUUCUAGCUGCUUCUUUUUUUUGGUCGUCCUGCAGCUUCAUGCCUCCCUUUCUAUGAUGUGGUGUUUUGUAUAAAGCUAUUCUCCCUUUUUACUUUCACGACCGACUUCUAAGUGGACCUGCGUCUCGCGGAUGCAGCUGUGACUUUGCUUGCUUCAUAAUUUGAAACUGGAAUUUUAACUGUAAAGUCACAGCUGAUCUGCUUAGUAACUGAUACUUCUUGUGAGGCAGAGAUGGUAUGAUGAUCCUGAAGAACUUGACCGGCCUUUUAAACGGCUGUCUCGUUUGAAGACGACUAAGUAACGAGGCGUGGAUUGAUUUGGUGCCGGAUGUAGGACACCCUCGCAUGAACCCGUCAAUUCCAGACACGGUAAUAUUCAGCAUGGAAAGACAUUUGCACUGCACACGGAGGACGUCACGGAAGAUGUCUUGAUCAGCAAGUUGCACUCCCGUAUGAUUUUGUGGUGGGAGAAGCUUUGCCUUGUGAAUGAGCUCCACUUUAUUUAUGCGAACUGUUUGUACGACGUGUUGUUGUUUUUUGCCCGGAUGUGUAAUGCCAAUGCAGCACUUAUUGGGGAACUGGCACCUCAAUUGUUACUUUAUAAAUCACCCAGAGUAACACAAUCACACAAUGUUAAAAGAGAUGGCAAAUUAAAUAUGUUCGGAAUAUGGUUUCCUUUGAGUACUGGAAUAUAAGAAAAAUAUAUAAUGAAUGUGUAGUAGAACCGGGUGGGGAUAGCACUAGCAUUUAAACAGCACUUGCUGUAUAAGCUUGUCCCAGUUGAGUGUUGUGGUGGUAUAGAGCAGCAAUAUGUUGGUUCUUACUCAUAAUCCUUGCCUUCAGUUUCUACACUGCUUUUUAAAUCUUUCUGGCGUCCCCAGGUGAGACCCUGACUCGACGACCAGAAUGAAAAUCAGCAGGGUGCUGAGGGCCACUCGUAAAAUACGUGAGAGGAUUAACCUUGUUAGUAUCCUAUACCUUUAAGUUCCAACAGAGUAGAAAUAUACACUCAUGUACUCUUACUAUUGCAACAUCAACACCUCCCUGAAAGCACAAAGUCCAGUGCACAGCUUCAAACUUCUCAGCUUUUAUCUGAAUGUGUGUACUUGUCAAAAGUAGAUAAUGGACUUGCUUGGUCGUGCACAGAGAAUAGGUUUCUUAAAUUGGGAAAUAAUAAAUGACAUGCAUAUGUGAUAUGA